AUGAGGAACCUGAGAACAAGUAUGAAACAUAUACAUGAGAAUAAAGACACCUCCAACAAGACACAAGUGACCAUGUUCGUAUUCGCUGGACUGACUGAGGAUAAGAGGCUGGAAACCUUCCUUUUCAUAUUAUUCAUUGUCAUCUAUCUUGUCACCAUAUUGGCCAAUCUUGGCCUGGUGGUCAUUGUCCAUAAUGCCUCAAACCUCCAGAACCCGAUGUACUUCUUCCUCAGUUAUCUCUCCCUCGUGGACGUCUUCUAUUCCUCCACCAUUACUCCUAAGAUGCUUUCUGACUUUAUGUCCCUGAAGAAGACGAUCUCCUUUGCAGGUUGUGCUCUUCAGUUCUUCUUCUAUGCCGCUCUUGCCUCCAUAGACUCCCUCCUUCUUUCUUCCAUGUCCUAUGACCGUUUUGUUGCCAUCUGCCACCCUCUCCAUUAUGUGUCCAUUAUGACUAGGAAGAAAUGUCUCUGUCUUGUUCUAUUUUGUUUCUCUGUUGGUUUCUUACAGUCCUCGAUACAGACCAGCUGCACCUUCAGUCUACAGUUCUGUGGAUCGAACCUCAUUGACCACUUCUACUGUGAUACUCCUGUGAUACUCAGACUGGCCUGCUCGGAUACAGUUACAUGUGACUUGGUCACCAUCUGCAUAGUUAGUGCUAUGGCCAUGGGUCCAUUAGUGACUAUACUACUGUCUUACACACUAAUCAUAUUCUCAAUUUCCAGCUUGCAGUCAGCAGAAGGUCGGAGGAAAGCCUUCAGUACCUGCUCGUCACAUCUCAUGUGCAUCUCAAUCUUCUAUGGAACCAUAUUUUCUACCUACUUGCAUCCUCCUUCCAGUAUCUUCACUAUACAAGACAAGGUGGCUUCCGUCUUCUACACAGCAGUCACUCCAAUGCUGAACCCCCUUAUAUAUAGUCUAAGGAACCAAGACGUGAGAAGGACCAUCAUAUCAUCAUUCCAAUGCUGA